GCGGUCACCGAGUUGAGACGCCUGAGCCCGCUUCUCCUGCAGCUCGGUGCGUUCUUGGGCACCCGGGCGCCCUGCCCGGUGCACAGUGGCUGGCGCACCGCGGCGAGCCGGGUGCCAGACUGUCUAGAGGGGUGUGUGUGUGUGUAUUUGUGUGUGGUGUGUGCGCGCGCGUGUUCGAGCGGAGAUCCCGAGCUAACGCCGAACCAGGCGGAUCGGAGCAGCCAUGCUUCCCGGGGUAGGCGUGUUCGGCACUAGCCUCACGGCCCGUGUCAUCAUCCCGCUGCUGAAAGACGAGGGCUUCGCGGUGAAGGCGCUGUGGGGCCGCACGCAGGAGGAAGCGGAGGAGCUGGCCAAGGAGAUGAGCGUCCCCUUCUACACCAGCCGCAUUGACGAAGUGCUCCUGCACCAGGACGUGGACUUGGUGUGCAUCAACCUUCCGCCGCCCCUCACCAGGCAGAUCGCCGUCAAGACUCUGGGCAUCGGCAAGAACGUCAUCUGCGACCGCGCGGCCACACCGCUAGACGCCUUCCGCAUGAUGUCGGCCGCCCACUACUACCCGAAGCUCAUGAGCGUCAUGGGCAACGUGCUGCGCUUCCUGCCGGCCUUCGUGCGCAUGAAGCAGCUCAUCGAGGAGGGCUACGUGGGCGAGCUGCUGGUGUGCGAGGUGCAGGUGCACGGCGGCAGCCUGCUGGGCAAGAAGUACAACUGGAGCUGCGACGAUCUGAUGGGCGGCGGCGGGCUGCACUCGGUGGGCACCUACAUCAUCGACCUGCUGACCUUCCUCACCGGCCAGAAGGCCGUCAAGGCCCACGGGCUGCUCAAGACCUUCGUGAAGCAGACCGACCACAUCAAGGGCAUCCGUCAGAUCACCAGCGACGACUUCUGCACCUUCCAGAUGGUGCUGGAGGGCGGGGUGUGCUGUGCCGUCACCCUCAACUUCAACGUGCCCGGCGAGUUCAAGCAGGACGUGACCGUGGUGGGCUCGGCUGGGCGCCUCCUGGCCGUGGGCACGGACCUGUACGGCCAGCGCAACAGCGCCCCGGAGCAGGAGCUGCUGGUGCAGGACGCCACGCCGGUCAGCAACUCCCUGCUGCCUGAGAAGGCCUUCAGCGACAUCCCCUCGCCCUACCUGCGCGGCACCAUCAGGAUGAUGCAGGCCGUGCGCCAGGCCUUCCAGGACCAGGACGAUCGGCGCACGUGGGACGGCCGGCCACUCACCAUGGCUGCCACCUUCGACGACUGCCUGUACGCCCUGUGUGUGGUGGACACCAUCAAGCGGUCCAGCCAGACGGGCGAGUGGCAGAACGUUGCCGUGAUGACCGAGGAGCCCGAGCUGAGCCCCGCCUACCUGAUCAGCGAGGCCAUGCGCCGCAGCAGGAUGUCCCUGUACUGCUAGCCCGGACUGGGGGGACCCGGACUGGGGACCCGGCGUGACCCAGGCC